GGGUCCUUUUCGUUACACGAGGACAUCCACAUGCCUCUGUAUCCACAGUCUGCCUGAAUAUUUGACUGUUUAAUUGGAUUUUAUAUCAGUUUAAGAUAUGGACACUGAAACAAUUCCAACCCCAGACGCUGGCGUUGCCAUGGAGAGUAAAGAAGACACAGAGGCUUUCACAAUGGUGAAGUCGAAAAAGACUCAGAAGCGAAAACGUGAACAAGAUGGAGCUGACAUGGACACAGAGGCGCCCGUGGCGAGCAAGAGACCGCAGUUUCCACCUAUUUCAAGCGACAAAUUAAAGGGCGCAGAUGAGAUGCGCAAAGUCGCUGUCCCGGCUCACAGAUACACCCCCCUGAAGGAAAACUGGAUGAAGAUAUUCACCCCCAUCGUAGAGAACCUACAGCUUCAAGUUAGAUUCAACCUCAAGACUAGGCAUGUUGAAAUCAAAACGUGCAAAGACACAAAGGACAUCGGCUCGCUCACAAAAGCUUCAGAUUUUGUUAGAGCGUUUAUUCUGGGAUUCAAUGUUGAAGACUCCCUCGCUCUCCUCAGAUUAGAUGAGCUUUUCCUUGAAAGCUUUGAUGUUACAGACGUGAAACCUCUGAAGGGAGAUCACUUAUCCAGAGCCAUCGGAAGGAUAGCAGGGAAGGGAGGAAAAACCAAGUUCACCAUUGAAAACGUCACGAAGACUCGCAUUGUGCUCGCAGAGACAAAAGUUCACAUUUUAGGGUCUUUCCAGAACAUCAAGAUGGCCCGGACAGCGAUUUGUAACUUAAUCUUAGGAAGCCCACCUUCAAAGGUCUACGGUAACAUCAGGGUGGUGGCUAGCCGGACUGCAGAGAGAUUCUGAUUGGCUGAUGUGUGUGUUUCACUGUCCCCCAUUGGCUGGUGUGAUUCCCUCGUUGAUCUGGGACUUUUUUUCUUGGACUGCCACCUCAGGCUUCUCUUUUAUGGCCCCGUGAAUUAAGCUGAAACCUUUUUGGAUCAGUUGAACCAAAGCAUGAGGAUAAAUGGAUACACAGAGUUCAAGUAUCGGUUGUUUGUGUAAAUAAAUAAUUUCAAUCCCCACUAA